UUUUCUUUCCCAUUUUUGGCAUCCUCUUCCAAAUCCAUGGUUGGGGAGCUUCCAUUUCCAUUUCCUUCCUUAUUAUUAAUCUUCGGCUUCCUCCUCCAUCUCCUCGCUUCAUCCUCCUCCUCCUCCUCCUCCUCCUCCUCUUCUUAAUCUGAAGUAGUAGCUCAUGAGAGGAGAGAUUUAGGAGAACGAGAAAAGCUUCUAGAUUUUCUGCAGAGAUGGAAAGAAGCCAGGAGCAACAAGGGAGCACAGGUAUGAACCAUGAUUUGAGUCCUUACAAUCAAAUGCAUCUAGACAUGGAAACAUCACCCUUGAGCGACCCUCAAUUGAAGGAUACUGAUUCAUUCAAGGAGGAACAAGUGCCUAGGGUGAGAAAACCUUAUACGAUAACGAAGCAGCGGGAGAGAUGGACAGAGGAAGAGGAUAAUAAAUUUUUGGAAGCCUUGCAACUAUAUGGGCGGGCGUGGCGCCAGAUUGAAGAGCAUAUAGGUAGUAAGACGGCAGUUCAAAUCAGGAGUCAUGCUCAGAAGUUCUUUUCCAAGGUGGUUCGCGAAUCCGGUAGCAAUCACAGAUUAGGUCAAGCCUUGAAGUCCAUUGAAAUUCCUCCUCCUCGACCGAAGAGAAAACCCAUGCACCCGUAUCCAAGAAAAAUGUGCAAUGUUUCCAAGAAAGGAAUUCUGAGACAAGCUGAGGAGUCGCACUUGCUGAUUCCUACAGUCUUUGAACAAGAGAAUGGAUCACCAACAUCAGUUUUAUCUGCUGUUGGAUCAGAAACCUUAGGGUCCACAUUCUCUAAUGGUCGAAUCGGAAGCAAGUCACCGGUUGCAUCUGCUGCUGAUUCCAAUGAUCAAGAAGGAGAGCAAUCACUAAUUAUGACACUUCAGGAAGAGCAUAAGCCGCCGUGCAUUGCUACAACGGCUCCAAAUGUGACCAAGGAAGAGCAGCCUCAAAUGGAUGCAGAUCAGUGCUCAAAUGUGCACGCCUCAGCUGAAGCACACCAAUCAACAAUCAAAUUGUUUGGAAAGAUGGUAGUUCCGAAUAAUCCAAGCCGGCCGUGUUCUUCGAAUGCUGAAAAUAUGGCAAUGCCCAAGCAAACACCACCUGCUGACAACACUGGCAAUCAUUAUAACGAAGCUUGUAAACUCCAAAUGAACCAUGCAUGUCCAGGUCUAGUGCCCUUUUUCUACUGCUUUCCAUUAGUUGGAGAUAACUCCAUAGAUCCUGCAUUCCUUUCCUCGCCAUGGGGUGCCAUGCACGGCAGCUACCCUUUCAGACUGGUGCAUCCGCAGCAUCAGUAUCCACUUCAAUUGUCGAUGGGGAAUGCCGGUUAUCAAGAUUUGCAGAGGGAAUGCUCUUGGACAGGGUCCAACACUGCAUCUAAUAGUGGGGUAGUGUUAAAUGAAACCGAAGGGGUGGACUUGAAUAAGGCAAAGUUUUUGACAGAGAGCGGAAUAGUAGAGUGGUCGGAUGUUAACCUAACAAGUAGCUCAGCUCCCAAAAGUCGGAGUGUGGGAUCCUCCGGAAGGGGAUUUGUUCCUUACCGGAGGUGUGCAGUUGAAAGUGAGAGGCAACAUUCAAGUGCAGCGAACGAUGACGAAGAGUGCCAAGCAAUAAGAUUGCACUUGUAACAGAUAUGAAUUAUUUGUAGCAUAAUCCAUUUGAUUCUUUUCUUUCUGACGAUGGUUAUUUAGCAACAACA